GUUUGCCAUAGCGGCGAGUUCCUUAAAGGAACUUCUUCUAGAAGAGGGAGAGGAGGGGCUCCGGGUGGGCCUUGGUGCAAAAGCCAACUUGCAUUUUCUGUUUUUUUUUCCCUCCCCCCCCCUCGGAUUUUCCCAGUGUAUCCUAAAAGCUGAGCUGGUUUCCCGCCUGGUUUCUUAUUUUCAUGCCAGCGGGGAGAAAUGCUUCGGCUAGCCCAGUUCUUUGAUCCGCCUGGCGCGCGUGGAGGAGUCGCUUUGUUCCCCACUGCGCGACCGUGUGUGUUUUGCUCAACGUUACGGGCAGAUUUAAGAUUAAGAUUGGCCUGGUAUUCGGCGGAGUACCGGAUUCUUCACGCUUCUUCGUUCGGAAGCCGACAGGCAAAUCAUGAAACCGGUUGUUUAUAUCGGGGUUCAUUCCUUUCUCCUUGAUUUCUCGCCGUCGAAAGCCCUGCCGCCCUUUUCUGAAGGUGGGGUGUGUGUGGGGGUGUACAUCAGUAGCACCUAAACAGGCAACAUUAAAUAAGCGUUGGUUGAAUGGAAUUCAGCCUCCAAAGCCGGACCACGGGAAGCUGCAGUUUGCAAUCGGUUGCACGUUUAUGGCAAUGCAAUUGGAUGCAAGGCGCUGGAUAAUUCACAACGCUACUCUAAACUAGCGAAACUGAGUUCUGAGUGAAUCUAGAUAGAAUCGGACUACAAGACCCCCUCAUCUCCCCGCUUAUUCUAUCAAUGGAUGGAUGCGACAGAAAGCAAACAAAGACAUCCAUCAAUCAUUUCAAGCGGAUUAAAAACUAAAGCGCGAUCCCGGCAGGGGAUACAAUUCGUACAAAUAAUGUUUAAUGUCGUAAUCUUAAGUAAUCGCGAUCUCCUUUAAAAUGAUGUCACAUUGCGGCCGAGGACAUCUUUGCCACGAUUAACUAGAGCUAAAAGAGCCUUUCUUUUCGUUUCUUUUUUCUGGGGGGAUGAGCCCUGAGACUGAUUUCUCUCGCAGAGGGCGCUGUGUGAGACAGAGGUCUUCCUCUCAGCUAAAACGUUUCCGGGAUUCAAUUUCCCUAGUUUUCUCCGGGCCACGUGGGAGCGUAUUUUUGCACACUUUUGAACCUCGCAGCGGGUUGAUUUCUCUCGACUUGGUCCUCUUUUGGAGUCAGUGGCUACGUGGAUGGAUGCUACUCUGUUCUUGGAGAUUAGGGAGAAGAUGAAGAGCGGAUUGCUGAUUAUUCGUGAAUUAAAUCCAGAAAGCUGGCCUGUGGAUAUUACUCUGAUGCCUUCUUUAAUAGAACUGAAAAGUGAUAAAGCUUAUAAAGCUUUCGGCCUUCCGCCAGAGGUCAGUAUUGUGCCUUCUUCCUGUCGAGGACUGCAAUAUCAACCAGGGGAAGGCUUACAUGUGAGGCUGCUUGUUCAAGCAGAUUUCAGUUCAAAAUUGGUGCCAGCUGUUGGUCACGGCCUAAAAUCCAAAAAGAGUUGUACUUUUUUCUGUCAAUGUUGCGGGGAGAGUGUAAUUAAUAAUAGGACAUUUCUCCGGGUUCUUUCACUUCCUUUUGAGAACUGGAGUGAUUUGGUUGACGAAUGGUGUUGCCAUCCUAACCCUUUCAAUGAUAGCCUGCUUCAUCCCCAAAUUGAUGACUGUUUUCUUGGGCGCAAUUAUCUCCUGAUUAAUUCAAGAACUGAGUUAUCGGGAACAGAAUCUGGAAGGCUUCAUUCAGAGGAUAAGUGGACUACAAGUAGUGAGUCUCUCUUGAAUUCACAGGCAAAUAGUAAAAUAACUUGCAAGCGGUGCAAGACGUUGUUGGGAGAAGCUAUGCCCUCAGGUGUCAUAAAAUACUAUUUCACAGAAUUGCUUAUUCGGCCAUCUGAAGACAGCUUUUGCAUAAUACCAAGGUAUUCCUUUAUACAGACUGUUGUAGCCAAGUGCUUCAUGGAACUCACAUUUUCUAGAAGCACAUUUAGGUUCAGCAUCCAAGGAAUGGAUGGCACAGUCUAUAUCUUGAUCUGGGUAUUGAAUUGUGACACACUGAUGGUGGAAACGUCAGGAAACUCAGUUUCCAAAAACAUUUUUACAUUACUUGAACCUGAGCUGUCAUCUCCUAUGAGGCCUGCUGAGAUUCAUAAGGCUGUUAAAGUUCUUUACCAUUCUUGUACUGAGAACAAAAACAAGGAUCUUGUUGAUGCAUGGAAAGAAGAUAUUGGAGUCUCUCCCCUCACAUUUCCAUCAAAAACCUGUUUGGAACUUCUGUUGAUUCUAUCUCAGAGUAAUGCUUCGUUGCCUCCUUCUCUUCGCUGGAUGAAUUCUUUCCAGGGAGGCCAAACUGGAUACGACCACAAGUCCUAUAAAAGAGGAGCUGGAAUAUAAUCUCUUGAGUGCAGGCCCUUCAUUCCGAGGAAGAGAUUCCACAGCCAAAUCUCAGCAUGUUUCCUUUUCGACAUGUAUCAGCUUGUCAGUUUCAAGAGAAAUAGUCUGAAAUUUGGUAGAAGGCAGUCUACCUAGUCCUUCCUGUCAGCAGAACUCAUGACACUGAUUCUCAGUUCAAUGCAGGAGAUGCAGCAAGUUUUCUCUAUAUGUAGCUUUCUUCUCUGUUGUCUCUUGACUUGAAAUCAUGAGCAAAGUGUUAACAUACAAAGCUUUUUCAGUUAAUGUAAUGUUCUGGUUUAUAAAGUAGCUCCAGCUGUAGCUUCUAUAAAAUCCUACCAUUUCUCAUUUUAAAAUCAAUAUCCUCAUUAAAAAAAAUCUGUGAAUGUUUCAACUCCCCCCCACCCAAAAAAAAAAAAAAAAGAACAGGGUGGGGUUUUGGAGGCCAGUGCAUCUGAUGCUCCUUUAUCAAGUGUAAAAAACAAAAAACCUACCUCAUACCAAUAAAUACAUCUAAGAUUUUACUGAAGUGUUGUUUUUAUAAAUGAGCAAAUGUGUUUAAAGAUUCUUGAGAUUUUAAAGGAUAUGGCCCUCUUUCCCCACCCAUUUCCAUUUUUUUAAAGAGACAAAACUGUUUUUCUGAAACCUCAUCCCAUAUAGGAUGAGUUUAAGAGAUGAUCUGGUUUCUGGAAAUCCAAGUGACACAUAGUUGAUGGGUUUUUUUUUUCCACUGAAAGAAAAUGUGCAAUAUUACUGAGACUGGAAACACACUGCAAGCUACGGUUGUAAAACCGAAAAGCAAUUUGGAUGUGAUGAAGGGUACCGGGCUGGAGAAGAGAUGUUAUUAGACAUGUCUUAUAUUCGUUGAAGUACAAGAAAUGCCCGGGCGUAUGAUAUCCUUUCUUUGGGUGCCUCAGAACAUUGUCUCUGAUAGCCACAUGUAACUUGUCUGUUCUCAAUGAAAUCAAAGAAAUUACAUGCUGCACAAUAUUUAUUUAAACAUUAGUAUAAUAGAAUUAUGAAGCUAAAUUUAACAGAUAGCUAUGAAAUUUUAAAUCAAUAUUCGGAACAAAAAUACUGCUGGAAACUGAUAGACUUCAUUAAUAAUCCAGAUCUGCAACUUGGUUGUGAAGCGAGGCUAUUAAGUAAAACCGCAACUGUGCUGCUCUUACUUCAGCUUUCCUUUCCUUCGCAGACCUGCAGUAAUUGUUCAAUGUGAGGAUUGAUUGCAAAGCUUUUCAUUAUCCAUCUUAACAAUGAAUGAUUGCUAAAUGAGGAUUACAGGUAGUCCCCGCUUCCUGACUAUUUAUUCAGUAACUAUUCAAAGUUAUGAUGGUGCUGAAAAUAUAACAUUACAGGCCCUUUAUGUGAAUUUACAACUUUUGCUGCAUCCCUUACUCAUGGGAUCACCAUUUCAGUCAACACACGUCCUUUGUCUGACCUAAGCUUUUUUCUUUUUCUUCCUUGCAGAACAGAGAUAUUGGAGAGGAGAAUUGCAAGACACUAAGCUGUUGCCUUUCUACGCAUUGAAAGCAGUGUGAUUGUGCUAACAGCCUGAGACUAGGAGCAAUGGACAUGCUAGGCAAAAACGUAGAGUACUCUCUUGAAAUCUCUUUCUCUCCAAUCUCUCUGCUCUGAGAGAUGGGUAGGAAGAAAAAGCAAGCACUUUCUAUAGGCAAUUUCUCCUUUGCCUUCCUUUUUUUCCAUUGCCAGCGUGACCACAUUGCUUCCAUUGUGUAGAAGAACAAACAUCUUACUCUCUUGAAAUCUAUUCCUCUCAAAUGGCUUCGCUGUGGAGAUUCUCCACAACCUUUUGCAAACAAGCUUUUGCUAAAGCCCUCUUUCGCUUAUGGUUUCUAGCUUAACUCUCCUGAGAUUAGUCUUACUCUGAACAUUGUCUCUGUGGCAACGAGGGUGCAAAUGUUUCUCUUACUUAAUCUGUAUAAAAGUUCUGAAACUUCUUUUGGGAGAAAAGUUUUCCAACGUUCUUGCUUCACCUAAUGGGCAGAUUCUGAUGUAAUCCCAUGACAAUAAUUUGUAGAAUUAAAUCUGACCUGAGACUAAAGUCCAAAGUAAGAUUAAGGGUUAGGGUUAUAUUUGACCCAACAUUUGCAAACCCUCCCCCCAAAAAACAGAUGUGUUGGUUUUUCUCUGCAAAUGCUUACACCUAACAUUUUGAUACUGCAAGAUAAAGCCAACAGGACUACAUCAACUCAGGUGCGGAAGAGAGAUGCAAUUUUGUUCUGUUUUUCCUUAAUGUAGAUUUGUUUGGGAUUUUUUGGUGCCUUCAUGUUAGUGUUGACUCCUAGGGACUGCCUGAACCAGUCCCUCAGUUUUCUUAGCAAUAUUUUGGAAAUCGUUUGCUUCUCUCUUCAUCGAGGGCUGAGAGUGACUGGCCCAAGGUCACCCAGUUAGCUUUGUGCCUAAUGUGGGGCUAGAACUCAUAAUCUCCCAGUUUCUAGCCUGGUUCUUUAACCACUCAUAUGAAAAUGAUGCACCAUUAUCAAAAGAUAGAGACUGAUAUCGCAGUGUUUUGUCUUAAUUUAUGACCUGAAUAUUCUUUUAGGAUAUUCUCUCUGCGAAUAUCGUACAAACGGAUAUAUUAUGUAGCAAUUAGAAAAAAUUAUAUAACUUUCUUCUGUGUUAGUUUAUCAAGGAAGCUCUUCUUAAUACAAUACAUAUUUACCGCUGCCCUUGCAAAAUAAAGUUACAGCAUUUGGAUUAACUUUCUGAAAUUCUUAAACAGAUUUGUUUUAAAAUCCUUCUGUCUGUCUGUCAUUUCAAUAUUUCCUCUCAGAAGAGAAAAUGCAAGGAAUGCUACGUGAAUGAGGUUUUAAAACUUGGAUAAGGCUUUCUGGUAAACUGACUGUAAUGAAUCCUGUUUCUGAUUGCAUCCCCAAAGCUUCAACCAAAAACUUUCUACUAUUGACCUCACCCCAUUCCUAAGAGGUCUAUAAGGCACGUGCAUAAGAGCACAAGCGUGCCUACCGUUCCUGUCCUAAUGUUUCCUUUCGUUAUAUCCAAUUAAUAUAGUUAUUACAUACUCAUACUUAUAUAUAUGCUUAUAUAUUGUAUAGUUAUUACAUGCUUAUGCUUAUAUAUACUGUGUGACAAAAUAAAUAAAUUUCUCUCUGCCACAGUUAAUAAAAGUACUUUCAGCUGUCUUUUUCCUCAAAGUACGAAGUAGUAAACCCUGCAGUAAAGCUCAAAUUUGGGUUCCUUCAGGGUGUCUUGAGGAUAUAUUCCUUUAGGAGAUAUUCUCAUUAAAACAAAAACCUAUAGUUAAGUGCCUCUAAAAUUAUCCAUUUUGUAAGCAUUUCCACACUUUUGGCAAUAGAUAAUUCACAUUAUACCCAUCAAGAUUUAACUGUUUUUAAAUUCUAAAAUAAGUACUGACUUGGACCUGAUGCAUAGACAGGAGAGAUUCUUCUCGGGGGAUGUUAUCAGGCUUUAAUAUUUACUUGUUUAUUUGUUUCAUUUAUGUCCUCCCCCCUCCCCUCCCCAAUCUUACUAAAUAGUGUCCAGGCAAAAAAGUUGGUUCCUUGCUGGUUAUCCUUCUGUCAAUAGGCAAAUGUAUGUUUAUUCAGGUAGACUUUGGGUACAUGACCUGGCUUUAUUGAUGGGUAGCUUUUAUACUUUUAAUUUGUAUUUCUUUUUAUAAUUUAAAACGGAUUCAAAUGUCCGCUUUUGGAAAUAAGACUGGACUUAAUUUUUAAUGGUUUUGAAGAAUUAAAAUUCUAUCAAGCAAACAUUGGCAUUUUUGUAAAAGAGAUAGUAAGAGGGUGAAAAUUUGCAAAGAACCAUAAAUACAUUUGAAAUCUUAUAAGCAGAUACAGUACAUACUUUUCAAAAUACAUAUUCAUUAUUUCUGCCUGAAAUAUAUUUCUAAAUUUUAGAUAACUUAUUAGGGAUUCUUUUGUUGAUAAGCUUCAACAGAAAUUUCAUUAAAUAAUGGCAGCUCUUAAGUAUUGAUAUUUACUAUAUUUAAUAGCAGUAUAAAUUGUCAACUGGGAACCUAUAUUUUUAGGUCUACGUAUGGGAAUCCAGUUUUAUGCAACUGUUUCAUUUUUACAGUGCUGCUAACUAUUAUGUAUAAAAGUAAAUCUUUAAAAUUAUUCAUGCGAAGUCUACACCAUCAAUUUCAAAAAGAAUAUCUGUAAACUUUUUUUAAAAAAUUCUUCCAUUCCUUAGUUUUAGGUUCCCAGUAGAAGCAGAUAAUAGCAUAGACAUUACUAUUGAAAAACUGUUAAUGAAAACAUUAAAUGGGAGCACACCGACUUUAAUGGAGGAGUAAGUAGCUUUAGAUGGUUUUUUUUUUUUGAAAGAAAAAAAAUGAAAAUUGGUAACUUUACUAAAUUAUUAAAGUUAAUUCUUUUUUAUUAUUGCUUUUUGAAUGUAAAUAUGUGAUGUUCAUUUGACAUCUUCCGUCUCCUGUGCUAAAGAAUGCAAUGUUUAUACAGGUAAUCUUUGUUUAAUGUUCACUCAUUCAACGAAGUUAUGACACUGACAAUUAUGUUAGACAGUUAUGAGAGAUAUUUACAACUAAAUGGUUGUAACCAUGCAGCUUCCUGUGGUCACAUUAGUGAUAGUGAUUGUCUGGCAAGUACAGCAUUGCAGCAUCCUACAGUCAUGUCUUUGCCAUUUAAUGGAGUUCCUGGUCUCAAUUACCAUUGGCAGUUAAUAACUACUUGUAGGUCAGUUCUGAUUGUGCAGCAUUUGCUGUGGUUCUGUAGUGUAUGCAUAAUGGAUUUAAAGAAGUCUUAGUUACACUAAACAAAUAUUGCUAGAAGCUCUCUUGUAUAUUUCAUUAAUGCUUUAUGCUUCUAGCAAUGAACUAAUUUAAAUUUACUCCUGCUGCUAAAGGUCUAGGCAUUGUCCCUCCUGCUUCCACAAGUUUUAUUAAAAACGUACAUCAGUUAGAACAAAUGCAGCAGAAAUUCUGCAUUUAAAAUUACUUGUAACAUACACCACGUCUGUUGCUUCUAGGUGUCAGUAGAUAAUAGUUGUGAAUGGUAAGCUCCUGAAUGCAUUUCAAUCAAACAUAGGUUACCAGUUAUUUCCUGCCUAUAAUUUUGUUAAGUAAAUUGUAUACCUAGCUUCUCCUCAAAUGGUUUUUAUUAUUUUAAAUUUAAACAACUUCCUGCUGAUAUUCCCUUUCUGAAAUUUUCUACCCAUCAACUAUGAUGAAGGGAGAAAAUUAGGGAAUUUCAAAGGUGCAGAAAGUCAUUAAGCUUUCAGACACAGUGAAAUUAAUGGAUUUGCAUCUCUUAUAAAGCCACAAGACUUUCUGAAAUUAAUUGGCCCUUCCCUCCUUUUUUUAUUAUUCUAUUAGCCUUUUCUUUUAAAAAGCUGCCAGUAAUAGUCCUGCAGUAGUAUAUUUUGAAAGCUGCUACAUCCUAUUUUAGAGAGUAGAGUCGUUCCUAGGGAUAUGAUACACAUUUGAAAGCAGUUGUUUUUCACAUUCAUAAAAAUAAAUUAUUCUGUCAUCAUAACAACAAUUUUGUCAUCUAUUACGGUCAGCUUUUCAAGGUAGAACAGAACAAACCAACAAUGUGAAUGCUAAAAUUGCUUUUAUUAUAAGUCACAGUAAUAGAAUCUUAGCAGAUCUUAAUAUCUCCCUCCUUUUAUUUUUGUGAGAAGUAGGGAAGGGAGGAUCUUGUCCAAGAAAAAUUCUCAAAUUACAUUUCUGCCCCCUUCAGAUUUCUUUUAUCUGACUGUUGCCUUGGUUGUGGCUCUUCUUUCUGUUCCUCAAGGUUAUUCCUUCUGUCUAUUACAUAGAGAUAAGGAAGACUAGAAAAAGUGUUCCAAAGUUGCUUGAUUUAGAUAUUUCUAACAGCAUGAGUAUCAAUUAAUCUCUGCUUACAAGUACAUCACCGCUUUACAUCUGUACUUGUCUCUUGAUAUGCAUUGAGUUAUUAAAUCUAAGUAAUCUCUAAAAGGAUUCUUUUUCAAGACUGCACUUAAAAGUACUUUCAAGUUUAGACGUAAGAAGCACAAAAAUAGUUGAGCAUAUUUAUAUGCCAGGAGGUCUCAAAAUGAGUGGGGGGGCCCUGAAGGGUCACAUAGAAAUUUACGGAUCACAGAUUUUUAAAAAAGUUAUUUAUCCUUGCAUAGGCAAACUGGGAGCAUUAUAAACACUUGCUUCAGGCUUUGUUGCGCCUGGACAUGCCCCCUACUGGUUCACAAAUUUGGAAAAUUUAGGAUAUAUAAAUUACAUUUUAAUUUUAAUAUAUUAAUUUCUCACCCACAGCUAGCUCCAGUGAAGUUAUUAUUGUAUUCAUAAGGGGAGGGCCAUGCACAUUAAUAAUAUUAGAGUUUUCAAAGUUUAAGAACCCCAGUUAUAAAAGAUAAACAUGAAGAUUUAUGUUUUUUAGGGUAAAAAUAUAUCACUCUUGUAGAAUUAUUACUUUGGUCCUGACAUGCCCUGAUCAAAGCACUAUUCAGCUGAAAACGUGUUGUCCAGCUUUCUCCUAUACUUCCCAUUUUUUCCCCUAAAAAGCCAGUUUGUUAAUAUAUCCCAGUAAUGAAAAUGCCAUAGUGAUGAUAAAACCUGGCUCAUGUAUAAAUGGUGAUUAAGCAGCAAAGGGAAACAUUUGUACUGGAAUUGGUCAGCAGCACAAAGAUAUGAAAAUCAUUCAGGUCAAUAUCAAUCAGGCUAUGUCUCAUUAGUGGAUUCCUAUCCACACAGGAACAAUUAAUGUAAGAAGAAACAGUGACAAUACAGAAGGUAGAGAGGUCCUUGGUGCUCUCUGAGCUUGCUUGUUUUCUUGCAGACGUUUCAUUACCCUAACUAGGUAACAUCAUCAGUGCUAGUAAGGAGUGCUGCUUCUGUCAGUUUAUAUUAUAAUAUAUUUAUAUUAUAUUAUAUUAUAUUACAUUAUAUAAAGGCUAUCCCAGCUUAGUUGAAAAUUAUAGACCAAUCUCCCUAUGCUGCGUCGCCUGCAAAGUAAUGGAAUCCAUCAUCAACCAAUCCAUUACCUUGCACUUAGAGUUACACAACCUACUCUCAAAUAAACAAUUUGGCUUCAGAAAAAAAAUUAUCAUGCAAUUUACAACUUCUCCACUGUAAAAACCUAUGGACUACAAAUCUCGAUCUAGGUAAAACAAUAGAUGCAAUAUACAUAAACUUCUGUGAAGCUUUUGACUCAGUAGUACAUGAUAAACUUCUCCUAAAAUUAAAAUCCUAUGGCAUUUCAGGACCCUUACACAAUUGGAUAUCUGCUUUUCUGUCGAACAGACAACAAGUGGUUAAGGUUGGUAGUGCUCUAUCAAAUCCUGUUCCUGUCAAGAGUGGUGUUCCUCAAGGUAGCGUUCUUGGACCAACUCUCUUUAUAGUAUACAUAAAUGAUCUUUGUGAUCAUAUCUCAAGUGACUGUGUUCUCUUUGCUGAUGAUGUCAAACUUUUUAACACCACUGACAAUACAUCUACAGUUCAAAAAGACCUUGAUCAUCUAACCGCUUGGUCUAAAAUUUGGCAACUACAAAUCUCAACCAGCAAAUGCUCAGUCCUACAUAUUGGAAGAAAGAACCCAAUCACUAAGUACAUGCUUGAUGGACAUUACCUCACAGAUGACCCCCACCCUGUCAAAGACCUUGGAGUUUUUAUAUCUAACGAUCUAAGUGCCAAAGCCACUAUAUAGCAAAAGAGGCUCUAAAAGUUGUUAACUUAAUUCUAUGUAGCUUCUUUUCCAAAAACACCAUGCUACUGACCAGAGCAUAUAAAACAUUUGCUAGGCCAAUUCUUGACUACUGCUCGCCUGUCUGGAACCCAUACCAUAUAUAUGUGAUCAAUACAGUUGAGUGUGUCCAAAGGUAUUUUAUGAGAAGAGUUCUCCACUCCUCCAUAACCAAUAAAAUAUCUUAUUCCACCAGACUUGAUAUCCUGGGUCUAGAAAACUUGGAACUUCAUCGCCUUCGACAGGACCUGGGUUUAGCUCAUAGAAUCAUCCGUUGUAAUGUCCUUCCUGCCAAUGACUACUUCAGUUUCAACUACAAUAGCAUAAGAGCUACCAACAGAUUUAAACUUAAUGUCAACCGCACCAGUUUAGAUUGCAGAAAACACGAUUUCUGUAACAGAAUUAUCUAUGCUUGAAAUGCAUUACCUGACUUUGUGGUCUCUUCUCAUAACCCCAAAAGCUUUAUUCAAAAUCUAUCCACUGUUGACCUCACCACAUUUCUAAGAGGACUCUAAGGGGCGUGCAUAAGAGCACAAACGUGCCUACCGUUCCUGUCCUAUUGUUUAUCCCCCUAUAUAUAUAUAUAUAUUAUAUUAUAUUAUAUUAUAUUUAUUUGAUUUUUAUACCGCCCUUCUCCCGAAGGACUCAGGGCGGUGUACAGGCAGAAUAAAACCAACAAAGAACAAUAUACAAUAUACAAAAUUAAAAUCAGUUAAAAACUUAUUAAAUGAGCCUGAAAAAUUUAAGAAAUUUACCAUAAAACCAAUAACCCCAUUAAAAUUGCUAAAAAUUUAAGUUUAAAAUUUCAUUCAAGCCA